UCGAGUGGUACCCACCUCCUUGCUCUGUUGUUCUUUGAUUCUUGCUCUUGUUUCUGAAGAUUUUUUUUUUGUUUUUUACCUUCUUCUUUAAUUCAUCAUAUAGACAAAUUAUUCUUGUUCUUUGCUUAUCUGAAUUCAUGUCUGCCAUUCUCAACAAAGCACACAUAAUCUGUAGUGAGCAUUUGCUUGACGUCCCUGCCUCCCUCAACAAACACAACAAAAAAUGGCAAUUGACCUUUAUCACCAUCUACUGCUCAAGGGCUCUGUUUUCUCUCGUCAAGAAUCAUGUUUCCAAAGAGAAAGCAAUCAAGGUUUCGCCCGUUCCUUCUCAUGUCGUUCUCACAAUUCCCACCGCAAACAGUUGUUUCAAAAUUAACGAGACCACUCUCACCGACAUUAUGAAGGAGAAAAAGCUUGGGAAGCUUCAGAUAAUUGGUGGGGUGAAUGGGGCGGCUUCUUCCCUUCAAACCAGCCUGGAUAGUGGAAUCAAAGGCGGUGCUGAGGACAUUGCUCGCCGACAGGAGGCAUUUGGUUCUAACACCUACAAAAAACCUCCAUCUAAGAGUAUCUUCCAUUUUAUGGUAGAAGCUUUCAAGGAUCUCACAAUUUUAAUCCUGCUCGGCUGUGCCGCGCUUUCUCUUGCUUUUGGCAUCAAGGAGAAUGGCUUGAAAGACGGUUGGUAUGACGGUGGGAGUAUUUUCGUGGCUGUUUUUCUGGUCAUUACCGUCUCCGCCAUCAGCAACUACAGACAGAACAGACAGUUUGAUAAAUUGUCUAAAGUCAGCAACAACAUCCAAAUUGAUGUCAUCAGAGCCGGCAGGCGGCAACAGAUUUCAAUAUUUGAUAUCGUGGUCGGAGAUAUUGUUUGCCUGAAAAUCGGAGAUCAAGUUCCAGCAGAUGGGUUGUUCUUGGAUGGACAUUCUCUGCAAAUAGACGGAUCCAGCAUGACAGGGGAGAGCGACCAUGUUGAGGUGAAUUCAAAGCCAAACCCAUUCUUGAUUUCUGGUACCAAGGUUGUUGAUGGGUAUGCUCGGAUGCUUGUCACUUCCGUUGGAAUGAACACGACUUGGGGCCAGAUGAUGAGCCAAUUGACAGGCGACAACAACGAGCAAACGCCGCUGCAGGUCCGGUUAAACAAGCUAACGUCCGCAAUAGGUAAGGUCGGUUUGGCAGUGGCUCUCUUGGUUCUUGUAGUGUUGUUGGUUCGUUACUUCACCGGAAAUACAAGGGAUGAGAAUGGAGGCACAGAGUUCAACGGUAGCAGCGCAAAAUCCAAUGAUAUAAUAAACACUGUGGUGGGGAUAGUUGCUGCUGUCGUUACCAUCGUCGUUGUUGCUACCGCAGAAGGGCUGCCGUUGGCUGUUACGCUGACUUUGGCUUAUUCAAUGAAGAGAAUGAUGGCGGACCAGGCGAUGGUCCGGAAGCUUUCUGCUUGUGAAACUAUGGGGUCUGCCACCACAAUUUGCACAAACAAAACGGGUACUCUUACACUUAAUCAGAUGAAGGUGACAAAGUUUUGGCUGGGGAAGAAAACCAUGGAUGAAGUUUCUUCUUCAGUUUCUUCAUUUAUUGUUAACUUGAUUCAUCAAGGAGUUUCUCUUAACACAACCGGAAGUGUUUACAGAGGUUCUAUAGGGUCAGGAUUUGAAUUUUUCGGAAGUCCAACAGAAAAGGCAAUGCUUUCUUGGGCUGUUCUGGAGAUGAAGAUGGAUAUGGAGGAAAUGAAGAGGAAUUUCACAAUUCUCUUUGUGGAAGCGUUCAAUUCUCAGAAGAAAAAGAGCGGAGUUUUGAUCAAGAAAAAAGAAGAUAACACAGUUUAUGUUCAUUGGAAAGGAGCAGCAGAAAUGAUUUUGGCUAUGUGCUCAAGCUACUAUGAUGCUUCAGGAGUUAUGAAAGAUCUUAAUGGAGAAGAAAGGAUGGAAUUCAAGAAAAUUAUUCAGGGAAUGGCAGCAAGCAGUCUUCGGUGCAUUGCUUUUGCUCACAAACAAGUUGCAGAAACAGAGGAAGAAGAUGUGAAAGAGAAGAAGAAGCUUCAAGAAGAAAACAUGAUCCUGUUGGGACUCGUGGGUAUCAAGGAUCCAUGUCGGCCAGGGGUGAAGAAUGCUGUGGAGGACUGCCAAUAUGCUGGAGUGAACAUCAAGAUGAUUACUGGCGACAAUGUCUUCACAGCAAGAGCUAUUGCCACUGAAUGUGGGAUUCUUCGGCCGGAUCAGGACGUAAAUAGUGCAGCCGUCGUGGAAGGCGAGGAAUUCCGGAACUAUACACCAGAAGAGAGGAUGGAGAAGGUGGAGAAGAUCUGCAUUAUGGCAAGAUCAUCUCCUUUUGACAAACUUCUCAUGGUGCAGUGCUUGAAACAGAAAGGGCAUGUAGUUGCAGUCACUGGAGAUGGUACCAAUGAUGCUCCAGCACUUAAAGAAGCUGACAUUGGAUUGUCAAUGGGGAUUCAGGGGACGGACGUUGCGAAAGAGAGCUCCGAUAUUGUCAUCCUGGAUGACAAAUUCGCUUCCGUGGCCACCGUUUUGAAGUGGGGAAGAUGCGUUUACACCAACAUACAAAAAUUCAUUCAAUUCCAGCUGACAGUAAAUGUUGCUGCUCUGGUGAUCAACUUCGUGGCAGCCAUUUCUGCUGGAGAAGUUCCUUUAACGGCAAGUCAGCUUUUGUGGGUGAACUUGAUCACGGACACAUUGGGUGCUCUGGCUCUAGCUACAGAGAAGCCCACCGAGGAGCUGAUGAAGAAGCCACCUGUUGGCCGCACAGAACCUUUGAUUACCAAUGUCAUGUGGAGGAACCUCCUAGGUCAAGCUCUUUACCAAAUUACAGUACUCCUGACCCUGCAAUUCAAAGGAGAAUUAAUAUUCGAAGUAACUGAAGCCGUGAAUGACACCUUGAUUUUCAACACUUUUGUGCUCUGUCAAGUUUUCAAUGAAUUCAACGCGAGGAAGCUAGACAAGAGGAACGUAUUCAAGGGCAUUCAUAAGAACAAGCUGUUUUUGGGGAUCAUUGGCAUAACCAUUGUUCUUCAAGUUGUGAUGGUGGAGUUCCUAAAGCGAUUUGCAAGUACAGAGAGGCUGAAUUGGGGACAAUGGGGCGCCUGCAUCGCUAUGGCUGCUAUCUCUUGGCCCAUCGGCUGGAUCGUCAAGUGCAUACCGAUUCCAGAGAGACCAAUUUUCAGCUAUCUCAAAUGGAGGAAAUGCACAUCAAAUAGGGGUAGAACCAAAGGAAUCAAUACCGUACCGCCCAUUCCUUCUCAUGUCAUUCUCACAAUUCCAUCGGAAAACAGUUGUUUCAAAAUUGAUGAAACCACUCUCACCGAUACUGUGAAGGAGAAAAAGCUUGAGAAGCUUCAACAAAUUGGCGGAGUGAAUGGGGUGGCUUCUUCCCUGGAAACCAGCCUGGAUAGGGGACUCAAUGGCGGUCCUGAGGACAUUGCUCGCCGACGUGAGGCAUUUGGUUAUAACACCUACAAAAAGCCACCAUCCAAAAGUUUCUUCUAUUUUGUGGUGGAAGCUUUCAAGGGUCUCACAAUUUUGAUCCUGCUCGGCUGUGCCGCGCUUUCUCUUGCUUUUGGCAUCAAGGAGAAUGGAUUGAAAGACGGUUGGUAUGAUGGUGGGAGUAUUUUCGUAGCUGUUUUUCUGGUCAUUGCCGUCUCUGCCAUCGGGAACUACAGACAGAACAGACAGUACGAGGUAUUGUCUAAAGUCAGCAGCAACAUCCAAAUUGAUGUCAUCAGAGGCGGCAGGCGGCAACAGAUUUCAAUAUUUGAUAUCGUGGUAGGAGAUAUUGUUUGCCUGAAAAUCGGAGAUCAAGUUCCAGCAGAUGGGUUAUUCUUGGAUGGACAUUCUUUGCAGAUAGACGAAUCCAGCAUGACAGGGGAGAGCGACCAUGUUGAGGUGAAUUCAAAGCAAAACCCGUUCUUGAUUUCUGGUACCAAGGUGGUUGAUGGGUAUGCUCGGAUGCUUGUCACUUCCUUUGGAAUGAACAUGACUUGGGGCCAGAUGAUGAGCCAACUGACAGGUGACAUCAAGGAGCAGACGCCACUGCAGGUCCAGUUAAACAAGCUAACGUCCACAAUAGGUAAGGUCGGUUUGGCAGUGGCUUUCUCGGCUCUUGUAGUGUUGUUGGUUCGUUACUUCACCGGAAAUACAAGGGAUGAGAAUGGAAGCACAGAGUUCAACGGUAGCAGCGCAAAAUCCAAUGAUAUAAUAAACGCUGUGGUGGGGAUAGUUGCUGCUGCCGUUACCAUCGUCGUUGUUGCUACCGCAGAAGGGCUGCCGUUGGCUGUUACGCUGACUUUGGCUUAUUCAAUGAAGAGAAUGAUGGCGGACCAGGCGAUGGUCCGGAAGCUUUCUGCUUGUGAAACUAUGGGGUCUGCCACCACAAUUUGCACAGACAAAACGGGUACUCUUACACUUAAUCAGAUGAAGGUGACAAAGUUUUGGCUGGGGAAGAAAACCAUGGAUGAAGUUUCUUCUUCAAUUUCUUCAUUUAUUGUUAACUUGAUUCAUCAAGGAGUUUCUCUUCACACAACCGGGAGUGUUUACAGAGGUUCUUUAGGGUCGGGAUUUGAAUUUUUUGGAAGUCCAACGGAAAAGGCAAUUCUUUCUUGGGCUGUUCUGGAGAUGAAGAUGGAUAUGGAGGAAAUGAAGAGGAAUUUCACAAUUCUCUUCGUGGAAGCGUUCAAUUCUCAGAAGAAAAAGAGCGGAGUUUUGAUCAAGAAAAAAGAAGAUAACACAGUUUAUGUUCAUUGGAAAGGAGCAGCAGAAAUGAUUUUGGCUAUGUGCUCAAGCUACUAUGAUGCUUCAGGAGUUAUGAAAGAUCUUAAUGGAGAAGAAAGGAUGGAAUUCAAGAAAAUUAUUCAGGGAAUGGCAGCAAGCGGUCUCCAGUGCAUCGCUUUCGCUCACAAACAAGUUGCAGAAACAGAGGAAGAAGAUGUGGAAGAGAAGAAAAAGCUUGAAGAGGAAAACUUGACCUUGUUGGGACUUGUGGGUAUCAAGGAUCCAUGUCGGCCAGGGGUGAAGAAGGCAGUGGAGGACUGCCAGUGUGCCGGAGUGAACGUCAAGAUGAUUACUGGCGACGAUGUCUUCACAGCAAAAGCUAUUGCCACUGAAUGUGGGAUUCUCCCGCCGGAUCAGGUCGUGGAUAGUGGAGCCAUCAUGGAAGGCGAGGAAUUCCGGAACUGUACACCAGAAGAAAGGAUGGAGAAGGUGGAGAAGAUCCGCAUUAUGGCAAGAUCAUCUCCUUUUGACAAACUUCUUAUGGUGCAGUGCUUGAAACAGAAAGGGCAUGUAGUCGCAGUCACUGGAGAUGGUACCAAUGAUGCUUCAGCACUCAAAGAAGCUGAUAUUGGAUUGUCAAUGGGGAUUCGAGGGACAGAAGUUGCGAAAGAGAGCUCCGAUAUUGUCAUCUUGGAUGACAAAUUUGCUACCGUGGCCACCAUUCUGAAGUGGGGCAGAUGUGUUCACACCAACAUACAGAAAUUCAUUCAAGUCCAACUGACAGUAAAUGUUGCGGCUCUGGUGAUCAACUUCGUGACAGCCAUUUUUGCAGGAAAAGCUCUUUUAACUAUACCUAAGCUUUUGUGGGUGAACUUGAUCAUGGACACAUUGGGUGCUCUGGCUCUAGCCACAGAGAAGCCCACCAAGGAAUUGAUGAAGAAGCCGCCUGUUGGCCGCACAGAGCAAUUGAUUACCAAUAUUAUGUGGAGGAACCUCCUGGCUCAAGCUCUUUACCAAAUUACAAUAGUCCUGACCCUGCAAUUCAAAGGAGAAUCAAUAUUCAGAGUAACUGAAGCCGUGAAUGACACCUUGAUUUUCAACACUUCUGUGCUUUGUCAAGUUUUCAAUGUAUUCAACGCAAGGAAGCUGCAAAAGAAGAAUGUAUUCGAGGGUAUUCAUAAGAACAAGCUGUUUUUAGGGAUGGUCGGAAUGAUCAUUGUCCUUCAAGCGUUGACGGUGGAGCUUCUAAAGCGGUUUGCAGGCACAGAGAGGUUGAAUUGGGGACAAUGGGGCGCCUGCAUCGCCAUUGCUGCUAUAUCUUUGCCCAUUGGCUGGAUCGUUAAGUGCAUACCGGUGCCAGAGAGACCUAUUUUUCAACUAGCUCAAAUGGAAGGAGUACACAUAAUGCUUCAAAAAUUUAUUCAUUCUUUAAAUAUCUGCUUGCAUAUCCUGUGAUUUGUUUUAGAUUUCUCCUUUUUAUGUUUGUGGAUUUUUCUAUUCUGUACUUUUAAAGUACAGGAUAACAUAAUUAAUUUUUAUAAAAAUAUAAAUGUUAACUUUGAUUUAAUUAAUUAAUUAAUUAAUU